AUGUGUCUGGCCAUGUCCUAUCCUCAGGGCUAUUUCUACCAACCAUCUGCUUCUUUGGCUUUGUACUCUUGCCCUGCUUACAACACUAGUGUCAUCUCUGGAGCCCGGACUGAUGAGUUGGGAAGGUCUUCUUCUGGUUCUGCUUUCUCCCCCUAUGCUGGAUCCACGGCGUUCACAGCCAGCUCCGCCGCCUUUAACUCUCCUCUCCAGUAUAGCGGGGACCCCACUGCUGCUUUCACGUCGUAUGUGGGCUCUCCAUAUGAUCACGGCACAAGCAUGGCUGGUUCUUUAGGGUACCAUCCAUACGCUGCCCCUUUGGGAUCUUAUCCAUAUGGUGAUCCAGCUUACAGGAAGAAUGCCACCAGGGAUGCCACAGCUACUUUAAAGGCCUGGCUAAAUGAGCAUAGGAAGAACCCUUAUCCCACCAAGGGAGAAAAGAUUAUGUUGGCCAUCAUCACCAAGAUGACACUCACCCAAGUGUCCACAUGGUUUGCCAAUGCUAGGAGGAGGCUUAAAAAGGAGAACAAGAUGACAUGGACUCCCAGAAACAGAAGUGAAGAUGAGGAGGAUGAGGAAAACAUAGACUUGGAGAAAAAUGAUGAAGAGGAGAGGAGCCCCUAAAGCCAGAUGAAAAGGGAGAGCUGGAUGUGGACACAGAAAAGCGGAGUCCAACAAGGGACAAUUCUGAUCGUUUGGAACAAGAAAAUCUUCAGGAGAAGGAUUUGAUUUCCAUCAGGAGUGAUUCAGAGUUGAAGGAAGCUGAAGAGACUAGUGAUAUUCUAUCUAAAAGCUCUGAUCCAACAUCUCCACCUAUGUGCCAGUCUAGCCAGGCCCAGGAAGAACAGACUGUACAUAAUCGCCAUCUUCACCACCACCACCAUCAUCAUCAUCAUCCUCAUCAGCCAACCCAGCACCCCCAGCACCACCAGCAGCAGCAGCCCCGCCCAAUAGACCUUGUGCAUAGGCGCACCCCACUUCAUCAUGGCACAGUUCCCAGCAAUGCCGCAUCAGUCAUACACUCACCCCCUUCAGCUUCCAAGCCUAAACUAUGGUCCUUGGCAGAGAUUGCCACAUCCUCGGACAAGUCUAAAGAAAACAGUGAAAUCACAGCUGGAACAGGGUCAACCACAGUCCAGUCAAUGCUUGGCAGUUCGUCCCCCCUUUCCAAAUCCCCUGGAGCAACAUGUCCCCUCCCUAAUAACUCUGUGUUGUCCCGUCCCCUGUACUACAGCACCCCAUUUUAUCCCGGUUACACGAACUAUGGCUCUUUUGGUCAUAUGCACAGCCACCAUGGACCAAAUACAACGGCUUCAGCCAACAGCAAUGCACAUUUCAAUGGAUUAACCCAAACUGUCUUAAACAGAGCUGAAGGUAUGGCCAAAGAGUGUAAGCUUAGAAGUCAAUCUCAAGCAGACCUUAGUAAGGAUUCUGCUUAUGAACUAAAGAAAGGUAUGUCCAGCCUUUAA